AUGCUUUCCUUCUUCACUUUGCUCUCUGUGUCCUUGUCGCUCACCAACGCCUUGACUGUUCCUCAGAACGCUCCAACCACUUUACAGACAUCUUUGGUGGGCUCUCCAACUCAGGAUACUGCUCCUGGCGUCCAAGGUGGUGCUCCAGGUGGUGCUCCAGGUGGAGGUGCUUCUCAGGCUCCACAGGCUCCACAGGCUUCUCAGAACCAGGGCUCUCCAAAUGCUCCACCUCAAGCCUCUGAGGCCCCAGGCGCCCCAGGUGCUCCACAAAACGGACAAGAUGCUCCUGAAGCUCCCUCCCAGGCCCCAGGUGGCCCUGGCGCUCCCUCUCAGGCUCCUGGAGUUCCUGGUGCUUCUCAAGCUCCUGGCGUGCCAAACGCUUCCCAGGCUUUCCCUCCACAGGCUCCUUCCCAGGCUCCAGCUCCUGGUGCUCCAUCUGCUGCUCCAUUUUCUUCGUUCCCGGGUAACAGCACUGUGACUCCAUCUGCUGCUCCAGGUGCUCCAGGUGCUGGUCCAUCUGCUGCUCCUGGUUCUCCAUCCCAGGCUCCUGGCGCCGGUAUCUCUCAGGCUCCAGAUGCUCCUGGAGCUGGUUCUCCUUCUGGUGCUCCUGGAGCUGGUUCUCCUUCUGGUGCUCCAGACUCUGGUUUCCCAGGCCAGGACGACCAGGGUGGCCAGGGCAUCCAAGGUGACCAGGGCCAGGGCCAAGACCAGGGCCAAGACCAAGGCCAAGGUGAUGUUACUGUGGUGAAGACUGCUACUUCGACCCGGGCGGUCGCUAACGCUGGUCAAACCGCUUAG